AGCCCUGCCAUGGAUGUAGAAAUGGGGACGCACUGCUCGGAGAUCGAUAAUGCCGCAUUCGACAUAAAAAGUAGUACCAGCAACGCAACGGCUGACUUCGGGGAGGAAAACGAGGAAAGGGUAGAGGGAGCCUGAGGAGGGGGUAUACUGACCAGGUCAUCCGCAGGUCGUGUGUGCUUCCCCCCGUUACCACUUACCAAGUUAACCACCCACAAAGAAUAAAGCCGGGUAAAGGCGACCGUCGAAGGGGACAGACUCCAGGGUCCGUGGAGUCAUGACUGGAGUGAGUCCAGUGUGUCCAGUUCUAGGCGGUGGGUCUUUGAGUAAUGGAAAGAGGAGGAGGGGGCAAAAAAAAGCCAAAAGAGAAAAUUUAGAAAAAAAAAAAGAAAAAGAAAAGAAAAACCAAGGACGGGCGGAGGAGGGCGGAUGGAAGGGAAAGAAGCAGAGGCAGAAGGCAGGCUCAAGUAGUGGGUGGUGGCCACGACAAGAGGAAGGUCCGUGUAAUGCCGAUUACGGUAAGAUAUCGCCUGGCUUUGCCCAUCUUAGCUCCGAUCAGCCACUACUGUAUGGAAAGGUGGACGGUCUAGAUGAGUCGGCGCAGCGUCUGGACUAAUCUGGGAGAGAGAGAGAGAGAGAGAGGGAUGUUACCGGACAGUUACAGGCAUUACAGUAGAGA